AUAAAAGGAGAGGGGGAAAGGAGGGGUUCUCACUUUUCUGCAUCCAGGGCACACAGACAGUGUCACUUUGUUGCCAAGGGCUGGUUUUAGGCAUCCCCCCACAAUGACCUCUUACAGUUUCAGGCAAUCUUCCUCUGGAGGGCUUGGUGGUUCUUCCUUUAGAUCUCCAAGCAUUCAUGGCGGGUCUGGGGGCCGGGGUGUCUCUGUCUCAUCUGCUCAGUUUGUCUCCUCUGGAGGAGGCCUAGGUGGUGGUUAUGGUGGUGGUUACGGUGGUGGUUAUGGUGGUGGUUACGGUGGUGGCUUUGGUGGAGGCUUUGGUGGUGGCUUUGGUGGAGGCUUUGGUGGCAGUCUGAGUGCCACCAAUGAUAGCCUCCUUUCCGGAAAUGAAAAGAUAACUAUGCAGAAUCUGAAUGACCGCCUGGCAAACUACCUAGAGAAGGUGCAUGCCCUAGAAGAGGCGAACACAGACCUAGAGGUGAAAAUCCGAGAGUGGUACCAAAAACAGGGACCGAGAGCAACCCGUGACUACAGCCCAUAUUACAAGACAAUUGAAGACCUCCGAGACAAGAUCCUUGCUGCAACAAUUGACAACAGCACACUUGUCCUGCAGAUUGACAAUGCCAGGCUGGCAGCUGAUGACUUUAAAACCAAGUUUGAGUCAGAGCAAGCCCUGCGCCUGAGUGUUGAGAAUGACAUCAAUGGCCUACGCAGAGUCUUGGAUGAGCUGACCUUGGCUAGGACUGAUUUGGAGUUGCAGAUUGAAAAUCUGAAGGAAGAGCUGGCUUAUCUCAAGAAGAACCAUGAGGAGGAAAUGAACUCAUUUACAGGGGCUCUAGGAGGCCAAGUGAGUGUUGAAGUUGACUCUGCCCCAGGCAUUGAUCUCACCAAGAUCCUGGCUGAUAUGAGAGACCAGUAUGAAGUGAUGGCUGAUAAAAACAGGAAGGAUGCUGAGGCUUGGUUUACCAGCAAGACUGAAGAGCUGAAUCAAGAAGUUGCUGUCAACACUGAACAGCUUCGGGACAAAAAGACUGAGAUCACGGACUUGAGACGGAGCCUCCAGGGCUUGGAGAUUGAGCUCCAGUCGCAACACAGCAUGAAAGCCGCACUGGAAGGCACUUUGGCAGAUACAGAGGCUCGCUAUUGUGCUCAGCUGGCCCAGAUCCAGGGACUGAUCAGCAACGUCGAAGCACAGCUGGUUGACCUCCGAGCAGACAUGGAACGUCAGAACAGUGACUAUAAACUCUUGAUGGACAUCAAGUCCCGGCUGGAGCAGGAGAUUGAGACCUACCGGAAGCUCUUGGAUGGCCAAGACCUCCAGUUCUCAGGAACUAAUGACAAAGUGGGUGAUAAGUAGUUCUGAAGACCACUUUCAUCUUCAUAUGGCAACAACUGUGACGGACAGAGGAUGCUGACUGGGCUGAUCAACAGAUGGAAAUUAGUGUUUCGCAAUCACUUUCAAUUAUUUCUUGAGCAAAUAUUCUGGGUGUCUGAGGGCAUCUGAUGUAGUCCUUCUUGCCUUUACCUUUCUGGAUGAUGUUUCUGCCGCUUAAUAAAGAUACUUUUGGCUUCUGCAAAUCUA